UGUUGUUUCUCCAUCAAAGUUAUCAGACAGCCAAGACAGUGCAUGUGAURUAGACUUUGAUGACGAAAGUGGUGACGAUGGCUUUAUUGAUGACAUGGUUUAUGCACAUAAGGAUGAUAAUACUGGAAUGCCUUCAGGAAUGGCUGGUCUAUUGAGUGCUCCACUGGUUUCAAAGAAAUCUCCUGAAGAGAGUGGAUGUGGUAGGGUUCUUUUUGGCCAAGGUGAAACUCCAAAGCAGGAAAAYGUAGUUGCUCGACCAAGACCAAGAGAUCUUUUUAACACCAUGGAGGAGACAGAAAGAUGUCGAUCCAAUACAUACACAGCCAAUGAUGAAGAGAAGCACUUUGUUAGACCAAGAUCAAAGUCUUUUGCACUGAAGAGACCAAAUCCACCAAGAGAUCAUCAUCCAAUGGAAAAGAAAAGAUUAAGGCAACGCUGUAUGUCGCUGGUUGAGAACAACACCAUGAUGCCGUCUCCACUACUGUCAAAUAGAGUCUCCUUCAAGCACAAGAGCCCAUUAAAGCGAUCAAACUCUGAAGUAUUUGAACACAGAUCUGACUUUUCAUUCCUUGGACAAAGUGGGAACAAGAAUUUGAUUGGAGAUUUCAGUCGGCCAUAUACCCUACCAUUUAUUGAAAAAGGACAGCAUCAAGAUCUUGUCGGCAUCACACCAGAAACAGUUGUACGAGUUAUAAAUGGAGAAUUUAAUGACAGGAUAGAGGCACACAUAAUUGAUUGUCGUUAUCCCUUUGAAUAUAAAGGUGGACACAUUAAGGGAGCAGUAAAUAUCUACAGAAAAGAGGAUUUCUAUGAUGAAUACCUGAAGAAACCUAAACACUUGGAAAACAAGCAACUUGUUUUGAUUUUUCAUUGUGAAUUCUCAUCAAAACGUGGCCCUGACAUGUCAAGAUUUCUAAGAAACCGUGAUAGAGAUAUUCAUGGGAAGGACUAUCCAGCUCUUUACUAUCCUGAGUUAUACCUUCUGGAGGGUGGUUAUAAAAACUUCUUUUCAAGUCAUAAAGAAUACUGUGACCCUCAAGAGUAUGUUCUAAUGAUUGAUGAACGACACUCAGAAGAUUUAAAACUUUUCUCUAAAAGAUCGAAAUCUUGGUCAGAAGGACAUGGAAAGAAGUCAUUCCGCCCUGGCUUAAACUACAGAUAAUUCCAAUAAUAUUCCUUUUGCUCUAGUCAAUUCUAACUUAUUCAACUCAUAUUCUAAUUAUUAUUAGUAAUUAUUAAUUUCAAUGAUGACGAUGUAUGAUACUAAUUGAAUUAGUGUUUCGUGUGCUUUAUAAAUAUUGUGUAUGAUAUUUAGUAUGUAAAUACAUGUAGCUAAUAAACUUUUCUCAAACUCA